AUGCUCCUCCAACUGCCGCCCGAGCUGCUCACCAGCGUCUGCGCCGUCCUCCCCAACAGCGACAUCAAGACGCUCCGCCAAACGUGCUCGGCGCUCAGCAAGCGCGUGCCACUGCGUCUCACGCGCGUCUUCCUGUCGCCAAACCCGCUCAACAUCAAAGUCUUCCGCGCCGUCGCCGACCACCCGCACCUGCGGCUCGGCGUCUGCGAGAUUGUCUACGACGACGCCCGUCUCAGGACCAGCUGGCUGACGAGCCACCUCGACGACGACGACGCUCCCGCCGAGGCAGCAGUAGCAGCCGACCAGACGCCGUUUGAGCGCUACCGCCAGCGCACCGCCGGCCGGGCACCCGCGCCGCCUUCACCAGCAGACCGCCGCGCGCAUGCCGAGCGCGCCGCGCAGCACUGGUUCCGCACGACUUGCCGCCGCGACGGCGACGACGCUGCGCUGCUUCCGUGGGCGCAGUGCUGGCCCGUGUACGCCGCGCUGGCCCGCCGGCAGCUGCGCGUCGUGGCGGCCGGCGCCGACGAGCGGGCGCUCGCGUACGGGCUCGCGCGGUUCCCGCAGCCGCGGCGCGUCGUCGUCACGCCCGCCGCGCACGGCGUCGUCCCGCACGCGCCGCUGUACCAGACGCCCAUGAUCCGGGCACUGCCUCCGGGCGGCUUCUGCUAUCCGCUGCCGCGCGGGUGGCCCUGCGUGGCGGGGGCCAGCGCCGCCAGCACGCUGCCGUGGCGGGCGGCCGCCGACGGCGAGCGGGGCCCGCGGCGACCGAGGCCGAGGCUGCGCGGCAUGCUGAAGCAGCUGGCCGAGGAGGUCGCCGUGCGCCGGCCGCCCGCGCUCGUCGUGCCGGAGCUCGUCGUCGACGUGCACGGGCUCAACACGGGGCUGAACCCGCACCUGUUUGCGCAGCCGGGCGACGACUACGCCCACUUCGCGACCAUCCUGUCGCAGCCGGGCUUCCGCCGCCUGGACCUGCCGCUCAUGCUGGGCGGCCUCGUCGCCGAGCGGUGGGCGUGCCUGGUGGGCGGCUGCUUCCGGGCGUUGCUGGCCAAGGCCCGGGACCUGGCGCAUUUCCGCCUCGCCGGCGAUGCAGACGAUGGUGGCGACGACGCGGCGGUCGUGGUCCCGCCGGGGAGCACACGGCACUGCCCGCUGGCGCGCAUCCUGCCGGUGAGCCGCUGGCGGAGGCUGCGCCACUUUGGCCUGUACCGCGUGCCGGUGCAGACGGAGGACGUGCUGGCCGUGCUGGCGGCUCUGCCGGAGAGCGUGCGCUCGGUCGAGCUGAGCUUUUUGCUGUUUGUGGAGGGCGAGGGGGCGAGCUAUCGGCGGCUGCUCGAGGAGAUGAAGGCGCGGCUGCGCUGGGGCGCCAGACGAGUCGAGGACAGGCCGCAGGUGCGCAUUGGGCUGCCGGUGAGGGGGGACGAGCAGCCUGGUCGUGGCUUGUGGCUCGAGAAAGAAGUCUCUGCGUUCUUGUACGGUCACGGGCGCAACCCGUUUCCCUCGGGCGCUUGCAGGGCAGAAUACGGCAUGGGCAUCAUAAUGGAUGAGUUUGAGCCGGAAUACGAGCAGCCUUAUGUCGACACAUAG